AUGUACCUCAGUACUUUGGUGGGAAACAUCGUCAUCAUCACAAUCACUAUGGUAGAUGCUGCCCUUCACUCUCCCACGUAUUUUUUCCUGAAGAACUUUUCCUUCCUGGAGGUUAGCUAUACCACAUCCACCAUCCCCAAGACGCUUGAACUUUCUCACAAAGAGGAAGAACAUAUCUUUUGGGGCUGUGCCACACAGAUGUAUGCUUUCUCCCUCCUCGGGAUGACAGAAUGCUGUUUGCUGGCUGCCAUGGCCUAUGACCGCUAUGUGGCCGUAUGCCAGCCUCUGCACUACACGACCACGAUGAGAUGGAACACGUGCUUCUUGCUUUCAGCUGUGCCUUGGCUUACCGGGGUCUUGGUGGCCUUAGUGCAGACAACUUUCGUCUUUACCCUUCCAUGCUGUGGUCCCAAUGGGAUCAAUCACUUCUUCUGUGACCUGCUGCCUCUGCUUAAGUUGGCUUGCGUGGCCACCUGUAAAAAUGAAAUCACCACCGACGUAAUAGCUGUCCUCUUCAUCAUAGUCCUCUUCUUAUUCAUAGUUGUGUCAUAUAUCCAGAUUCUCCACACCAUCUUCAAGAUACCAUCAGUGAAGGGCAAGGGAAAAGCAUUCUCUACCUGCUUUUCUCACCUAGUCGUGGUCACUCUGUUUUACGGACCUGGCACUGUGACCUACUUGAGACUCAAAGCUUCUUAUUCAAGCAGCAGUAGCAAAUUGUUUUCUCUUUCUUACACACUGUUGUCUCCAAUGAUGAACCCCUUGAUUUACAGCUUGAGGAACAAAGAAGUGAAACAAGAGGACCAGAACCUCGACCAGACUGCAACCACCACUCUCGACCGGACUGUGAUCACCGCUAUCGACCAGACUGCGGUCACCACCCUCGACCGGACUCUAUAUAUAUAUAUUUACUGCUGGCCUUUCUACACGUUGCCUCUGGGCAAGGUAGUGGCUGUGUUCCACACCAUGGUUUUUCCCCUUAUCACCCCCAUGAUCUACACCCUGAGGAACAGGGAGAUGUUCAGUGCCAUGAAAUGUUUGUUGGUGCACUACUUUCUGGAGAGA